AUGGUGACCAAGUCCAUAAGCGUGCUGAAGGGUGAUGGCUCCAUGCAGGGUACCAUCCACUUGGACCAGAAGGGAAACGAGCACGUGGGGAGUCUCUGCCAAAGCAACAGGUUGAUGGACGGACUCCGUGGAUUCCAUAUUCACCAGGUUGGAGAGAUGCCCAAGGUUGUAUCAGUGCUGCAUCAUAUUAACCCUCCAUCCAAAAACCAUGGUGGACCACAGGAUGCAGAACUGCAUGCUGGAGUCCUGAGAAAAGCAACCUCUGGCCCAGAUGGUGUGGCUGAAGUGCCAGCUGAAGACUCUGACCUCACUGCCGGGAGCCCAUCCCACAGUGGCUUCAUGGUGGGGACCCCUGAAAAAGAGGACUUGGACCGAGGUUGA